GCAUCUCGGUGAGCGGCUUGGGCUGAACGCGAGCGCCCCGCUGUGACGCCCAGCCAGAGCGCACGGAGGGGCUUCAUUCAGGCUGCCAGUAUGGGCUGCAAUGUUUCCCGUAUCUCUGCUUUUCCUACUUCUAGGGGACGCUGGUUGCCGGGGGAAAUUUCCGAGAGAUGAUGCCAGAAGUUUUCCACUCGACGUGAACUUCUGCCAAGGGGAAUGACGUUUGAUCGCUCGUACGCUGGUUUUUAACUCGACAGUAAACACAAAGAGGCUCUGCCAUGGCGUUGGGACGUUCUGCCCGGAGUUCAUACAGUCUCCACCCGCUUCUUUUGUCAAACAAUUUGAGAAUCUCUUGUUAGGAAACUUAGCCGUUAUCCGGCGCUUUAAGUCACCAACCAUGUCCGACCCAAGUUACUGGACCGCGUUACCAAGCUACAAAUCUCAUUUUGUAACGGGGGCGAUGCUUAAGCGAUCAAAAAGUUGCCGUAGCAGCAACAGGAAGAGUCUCGGUGUUGGGACCCCGUCGCCCACACUUUCACGUCCUCUCUCACCUCUCUUGGUCGCAACAGCUGGCAGCAGUCCCUUAGACAGCCCCAGGAAUGUGUCCGCCAGUGCCGCUCUCAACUUCCCCUUUGCUCGCAGAGCGGAAGGAAGAAGAUGGUCGCUGGCAUCCCUCCCCUCAUCUGGCUAUGGCACCAACCCCCCCAGCUCCACGGUCUCAUCUUCCUCCUCUUCUCAGGAGCGCUUGCACCAGUUGCCCUACCAGCCCACUCAGGAUGAGCUGCACUUCCUGUUUAAACACUUUCGGAGCUCUGAGAGUGUGGCUGAUGAGGACGGGCGGCCGGGACCCAGCAUCCGCCCCCGAUCCCGCAGCCUCAGCCCUGGGCGGACAAGUGGGUUGUUCGAUAACGAGAUCGUCAUGAUGAACCACGUGUACAAGGAGCGCUUCCCCAAGGCCACGGCGCAGAUGGAGGAGCGUCUUCUGGACAUCAUUACCCAGUUCUCCCCGGACAGCACCCUCCCACUGGCUGACGGUGUCCUGGGCUUCAUCCAGCACCAGCUGGUAGAGCUGGUCCGCGACUGCCUGGAUAAGUCCAGGAAGGGCCUGGUGACGUCGCGCUACUUCUUAGAGCUGCAGGCUAAGGUGGAGAAGCUGCUGCGCGAGGCAUACGAACGGUCUGAGAGUACAGAAGUUACCGUCAUAACACAGCUGGUGAAGAAGAUCCUGAUUGUCAUCUCCCGGCCUGCAAGGCUGUUGGAGUGCCUGGAAUUUGACCCCGAAGAGUUUUAUCACCUGCUGGAGGCGGCAGAGGGUCACGCAAAAGUAGGACAGGGCAUCAAGACGGACAUCCCGCGCUACAUUAUCAGACAGCUGGGUCUGACACGGGACCCCCUGCAAGAAAUGGUGCAGCUUGAGCAGUACGACUCCAUGCCUCCAGCUGCUGUGGAGUCCGAUCCUGGGGAGCAGAGCAGAUUGAUGCUGACGCCCCCCCGCAGGAAGCCCCUCGAGAGUGACUUUGAGACCAUCAAGCUGAUCAGCAACGGCGCCUAUGGCGCUGUGUACCUUGUGAGACACCGGGAGACCCGACAGCGCUUCGCCAUGAAGAAGAUCAACCGGCAGAACCUGAUCCUCCGCAACCAGAUCCAACAGGUGUUCGUGGAACGGGACAUCCUGACGUUUGCCGAGAACCCCUUCGUGGUCAGCAUGUUCUGCUCGUUUGAGACUCGCCGGCACCUCUGCAUGGUCAUGGAGUACGUGGAAGGGGGAGACUGUGCCAACCUUCUGAAGAACAUGGGGCCGCUUCCUGUAGAUAUGGCCAGGAUGUACUUUGCAGAGACGGUCCUGGCUUUGGAGUAUCUGCACAACUACGGCAUCGUGCACAGGGACCUCAAACCUGACAACCUGUUAAUUACAUCCAUGGGACAUAUCAAACUGACGGACUUUGGCCUGUCCAAGAUCGGCUUGAUGAACAUGACCACCAACCUUUACGAGGGCCAUAUUGAGAAGGACACCCGGGAGUUCAUCGACAAACAGGUAUGCGGCACUCCGGAGUACAUCGCCCCGGAAGUGAUCCUGAGGCAGGGUUACGGCAAGCCUGUCGACUGGUGGGCCAUGGGUGUGAUCCUGUAUGAGUUCUUGGUGGGCUGCGUGCCCUUCUUUGGGGACACCCCAGAGGAGCUCUUCAGCCAGGUGGUCAGCGAUGAGAUCAUCUGGCCGGAAGGUGACGACGCGCUGCCCAGUGACGCCCAGGACCUCAUCACCCGCUUGCUGAGCCAGACUCCCAUGGAGCGCCUUGGGACAGGCGGUGCUGGGGAGGUGAAGCAGCACCCGUUUUUCCUGGGCCUGGACUGGAACGGACUCCUGCGGCAGAAAGCUGAGUUUAUCCCCCAGCUUGAGGCGGAGGACGACACCAGCUACUUUGACACUCGAUCUGAGCGCUACCAGCACCUAGGCACUGAUGACGAGGAUGACGAGACUAACGAUGAUGAGUCUUCUCUGGAGAUCCGGCAGUUCUCGUCUUGGUCCCAUCGUUUCAGCAAGGUGUACAGCAGCUCGGAGCAUCUAGCCACAACCUCCAACCUGAGCUUCUCGUCGUCGGACCGGAGCCAUAGUGAGGAGAAGGAGGAGCACUGGGAGGGCCGGCCGGGGCUGUCGCCGGAGGAGGGGCGUCGGCAGCCUGGGGGAAGAGGAAGCCUGCGGCCGCGAGCCUCCUCCAGCUCCUCACAGUCGGAGCGCAGCGCCAGCCCGCUGGUGAUGAGCAGCACCCACAGCCUGGAGACCAUGCCCCGCUUCGCCUUCUCCACUGAUGACGAGGAGGUGGUCGUGUCAAACCUGCACCGCAUCCGACUGCGGAGCAACAGCAUGGGCACCAAACACUCAUCCCCGAAGGAUCUCGGCACGCCUCGCCGCUUCGGCCACCAGCUGGAGACGCCAGACCGGCCCCGCUUCCCGUCGGGGGGCAGGGUGCCCAAGUCGGCCUCUGUCUCAGCACUGUCACUCAUUAUCACACCAGACGAUGCCGGAGGCGGCCUGCAGACCAGCCCCAUCUCGCCGCACUCACUCUCUUCAAACCCAUCGUCCCGUGACUCCUCCCCUAGCCGGGACCUGUCCUUGGGCAUCCGAAGCCUGCGUCCCCCCGUGAUCAUCCACAGCUCUGGAAAGAAGUACGGCUUCACACUGCGCGCUAUCCGUGUCUACAUGGGCGACAGUGAUGUCUACACUGUGCACCAUGUGGUUUGGAGUGUUGAAGAGGGCAGCCCUGCCCACGACGCUGGCCUGCGGGCUGGUGACCUCAUCACGCAUGUCAACGGCGAGUCCGUCCAAGGGCUGGUGCACACGGAGGUCGUGGGGCUGCUGCUGAAGAGCGGGAAUAAAGUGGCACUGCAGACGACCCCGCUGGAGAACACGUCCAUCAAAGUGGGCCCAGCACGCAAGACCAGCUACAGGGGCAAGAUGGCCCGACGCAGCAAGAAGAGCAGGAAGAGGGACGGCCAGGACAGGCGGCGAGGCGUACUGAAGAAGCUGUCCAAGCAGACCAGCGUCAUCCACGGCAGCCGUAGCUUCUCGUCCGGCCUGCACCACUCAGUCUCAUCCAGCGAGAGCCUGCCUGGUUCCCCCACACACAGCCUGUCCCCAGGGCCGUGCACCCCCUGCCGUAGCCCUGCCCCAGAGCACGCUGUCGAUGCUGGCUCCCCCCAGAGCACCUCCCCCAGCUCCAGCUCACCCAGCUCCCCAGCCGCACACAUCCGGCCCAGUUCUCUGCACGGCCUGGGCUCCAAGCUGACCCCUCAGCGCUAUGUAAAGGCAGCCCGCCGCAAGUCCACCAGCAGCAUCCCGCCGUCACCGCUGGCCUGCAACCCAUCCCCCCAGCCUGUCUCCCCCCAGCGCUCACCAUCUCCCCUGCCCAGCUUCACCAAGAUGCUGCACCCCGUGCAUGGGAAGGCGCUCUCACCCCCUACCAUCGUCAGGCACGUGGUGCGGCCCCGCAGCGCCGAGCCCCCUCGCUCCCCACUGCUGAAGCGGGUGCAGUCCGCCGAUAGGCUGUCGGGUGCCUUCCACGGAGAGAGGAAGACAGGCGUACCCCGCAGGCACACGCUGGAGGUACCCCGGUCAGAGGCAGAGCUCCUUGGCGAGGCUGAGGGUACCUGUGACAUAGGCAGGCCGGGGGGGCGCCUGGGGGGCCAGAAGCUGAGGGAGCGCGGGCCCGACAGGAGUGAGGAGGUAGUGGUGAUGCGUAAGCUGAACCUCUCCGAGCGACGCGAUUCCUUUAAGAAGCAGGAGGCCGUGCAGGAGGUGAGCUUCGACGAGCCCGAGGAGAAGGGCAGCCCCAGCUCGCCGUUUAGGGCGGCCUGGCUGCUGGGCGGUGCUGAGGAGAAGGCGACGCCGGGCUCACCUUUCAGGGCCGCGUGGGUCCUGGGCGGUACCGAGGACAGCGAGCUAUCUCGGAGGCCAACUACUGUGCCGCAGAUUGCAGUGCAGGGCUCUGAGGGCGACGACAAAGACAUCAAGGAUGACUGGGGGGGGCGAGCCUCCUGGGGGGCAGAGCAGCCCUCUGAAGAGAGGCCCAGCGGCACCUCGGAUGGCUCACCCACACCACCAUGCAGGGGCGUGGCUUCCUGGGCCGCCCCGGACCAGCAUGCGCCGACAGGUGGCGCGGGGAAAGGCGAGGAGUGACAGGAAUGGAGGCUCGACAGAAAGGAGAAAAAAUCCCCAUAUGUGGUCCCGCAUUUAAUCACUGUCCAUUUGGGAUUGGUGUGCAGCCUGAACAUGUUUGUAAAUAUUUGGUGGGUGAAGGAUGUGGAGAUGGAUAAAGCUGGGCUUUUCUCCAGGACUAACUUAACAGUUUUAUUAGCAAGCAGGAUCUGUUAUUGGGCCAAAAGAUGACCAGGCUAACGCUACUCAUGGUUUUAAUGAAGUUUUAUAUCCCCUGAAGGAAAUGUAACAUUCCCCUUCCUUUUUUUAAAAAAGAGAAAAAAUAUAUAUUUUCUAAAUGUUCUGACUGGUUUAGGACUUGGUGCAUAUCUCACUGGUGGCUGGAAGUUUAUGAUGGAUCUCGUGACUUGGUGGUUAAAUGUUCAUACUAUUGUGAAGGUGGGCAGUUAGACUGAGAGUUCUGGGUCUUUGACUUGCACGCAGGGUGAGGGUUUUCUUAAGCGUCUGUUCCCGCUACAAACCGCACACACACACAUUGUCCGCAGUAAGGCUGACGUUCCCUUUCUUCUUAUGCAUAUGUAUAUAGGGUCUUGCAACAGUCAAGCUAGUUACCUUGUUGUGCUUUUUU